AAAUAAUUAAUGAAAAAAAAAAAAGGGGAGCUGACCAAGAUAGAGAAGGCUUUCGCUUCUCUACGCAAUUUUGUUCUCGUGUAGAGUUUGUUGUUUGCAGCGGCAGACGCAAAGGAGGUCCACAAGUGAAUCAGUAGCAGCUGCAAUGGCUAGACAAGCCUCACGGCUCAUCCAAUCUUUGUCUUCCAAGAUUUCUCCUCACAAACCCCAAAUAUCCCUAUUCAAUCUCUCCUCCUCCUCCUCCCCUUCUUCUUCUUCUUCUUCUUCUUCUUUUUGGACUCGGUCACGGUCAUUCUCGGCGGCUCCCGCGCCUAAACCUGCGGUUUUCGUAGACAAGAACACUCGCGUCAUUUGCCAAGGAAUCACUGGCAAGAAUGGCACUUUCCACACCGAGCAAGCCAUCGAAUAUGGCACUAAGAUGGUUGGUGGAGUUACACCAAAGAAGGGUGGAACAGAGCACUUAGGACUUCCUGUUUUCAACACGGUUGCCGAAGCAAAGGCUGAAACCAAGGCUAAUGCUUCUGUCAUUUAUGUUCCUCCACCUUUUGCUGCAGCUGCUAUCAUGGAGGCAAUGGAAGCUGAAUUGGACCUUGCUGUUUGUAUCACCGAAGGAAUUCCUCAAAAUGACAUGGUCCGUGUGAAGGCUGCCCUUAAUCAGCAAUCAAAAACCAGGCUGAUUGGUCCAAACUGCCCUGGCAUCAUUAAACCUGGGGAAUGCAAGAUUGGAAUCAUGCCUGGAUAUAUUCACAAACCAGGUCGCAUAGGAAUUGUUUCUCGAUCGGGCACUUUAACAUAUGAAGCAGUUUUUCAAACAACUGCAGUUGGUCUGGGGCAAUCAACCUGUGUAGGAAUUGGUGGGGAUCCUUUUAAUGGAACAAACUUCGUUGAUUGUGUAAAAAAAUUCCUUGCUGAUCCUCAGACUGAAGGUAUCGUUCUAAUUGGUGAGAUAGGCGGCACUGCAGAAGAAGAUGCUGCUACACUAAUAACGGAAAGUGGGACUGAAAAGCCUGUUGUUGCCUUCAUUGCUGGACUUACUGCUCCUCCAGGACGGCGUAUGGGUCACGCUGGAGCUAUAGUGUCUGGGGGCAAGGGCACAGCUCAGGACAAAAUCAAGACUCUGAGGGAAGCUGGAGUGACGGUUGUUGAAUCACCUGCAAAGAUUGGUGUAGCAAUGCUUGAUGUCUUGAAGCAAAGAGGUCUCACGAAUUAGUGUUUUUUCUAGAAAAAAGAAAUCAUUUUCCUGAAUUAGUUUCAGGUGGAUUUUUUUUUAUAUAUUUUCAUUGUUUUGUCCAAAAUUAUUUUAUACUGAAAGGAAGGGAAAUCUUUUAUCCUCUUUCAAUGUGCCAUCCUUUGAUGGUUGUGUUGAUACAAACAAACCCGAGAAGUUUGAGCCUUGAGAAAAAUUCAUUACAGCCGCUUGUUUAUUAGUGGUAGUGUUUCACCAUGGGAA